AAAAUAUACAUGUAUCUCGUAAAAAAAAUUCCAAAAAUAGAAACAUUGAAUACAAUUUAAAUCACAGAGAAUGAUCUCAAAACAUAUAUUUCGUAAAAAGAAACUGGAAAACAUAUAAUUAUCUCGUAGACACAAACUUCGAAAAAAUUUACUUUACUUUUUCAAAAAAAUAUAUACUUGAUGGCACUCCAGGGCUCUCGUAUAAAUCUGUUGUUUAAUAGAGAUACCUCUUUUUCUAAAAAUGAUAUUGCUAUACUGGACUAAAUAUCAACUUUGCACGCCAUAAUGUACUAAGGUGCGAGUGCGUGCACACGGGUACGGGUGUCAAAGCGUGUCAAGUAACAGUGAUUAUGCGUGUCAGCAGAUCGCUCACGACACAAGCUACCUUUGAUCAGACCAGGGACCCUCUGAUCAGACCCCAGACAGCAGAGCCUUUUCAACUCGCAGUUGAUGUAGGGUGUGGAUCAGGCCAGAAUACCAGACCUUUGGCCCCAUAUUUUGAAAAGGUCAUUGGUGUUGAUGUGAGUGAGGCACAGAUAAGAGCUGCACAGUCUUUGGAGAAUCCACCAAAUGUUGACUUUAGAAUAGGAAGUGCUGAGAGCAUUGCUGUACCGGACAGGUCUGUCGACUUGAUCACAUGUGCAGAGUCAGUGCAUUGGUUUGAUUUAGAUGCGUUCUUUCGUGAGAUGGACAGAAUACUGAAACCCAACGGAUGCAUUGCAAUCUAUGCAUACCACAAAAUACGGCCCUGGGUUGAAGGUGAUGACGUAAAGAAUGAACAAUUAAAGGAUGUGGUCAUGCAGCUCAGCGGUGUAACUCUAGGAUCCUAUAACAGCCCAGGUGCACGGCAUCUUUUUAACAGGCUGGCAGAUAUCCACAUCCCGUAUGAUGAGAAUAUAAGAGAUGAAUCAUUAGAUAUUCAAUAUGACACUACAAUGGCAUCUUACAUGGACUACAUCCAGUCUUGGUCAGCGUAUCAAGCUUACCUGGAGAAGAAUCCAAGUGGUCCUGAUAUCCUAAAGGAAGUUCAGGAACGGUUGAUGGAACUCUUAAGUUCAGAUUGUUCUCCAGAAGAUGCCAAGAUACGUGUCAGAUCUCCAGUUGUCUUGCUUCUUGGAAGAAAACCACAAGAGGAGACCUGCUUGUAGGUGAAUGGCUUUGCUUGAAACAAUAACUAGUGAUCUUUGCCGUUGUCCAAGUCAAAAAUGUGACAUUUCCUAAUGGAUAAUGCAAUUUGUCUUUGUCCAGGUCCGUGCAAUUGCUUUUACCAUUUUCAAUUCAUUGAGAAGAAUUUUAAAUUUUCUUUUCAUGAAUAUGUAAACAUUUUAAUUUGUUAAUACAAGAAAUUUACAAAGCUUCCUUGACCUGACGAGGAAAAUCUUGUCAGAAAUUGUCCCCCUCAUUUCUGUACAUCUCAACUACAUCACAAUCAGGUGACUCGGUGUACUCCUACACAUAUUAAAUGUAACGCAACUAUUUUGUUGUAGUCUUUAAGUAGAAGCUGAAAUUUAAAAAAAAGAAAAUUUUGAGAUCAAAAGUGCAUUUAAGAUUAUUUAAAGUUAAUUUUAAGGUUCAUUUCACCGCAUGCCCCGAGUCUUUAUAUGUUAAAUAUUCUCUUUUUUUAUCCCUCUAUGAAAAAAAAAUUCUACAAAAAAUAA